CAAUUUCCUCACGUUUCUGCUUCCCCUCCCUCAUCCUCGUGGCUCGGCGGCUGCUACCUUCUCUGCUUCGUCCUCCCCAUCGCACUCUCGAGCUAUCUCUGGUCCGUAAAGCAGCUUCUUCAGCCGCUGAAACCGCCGCCUUGUUGCCCAGUUGAAGUGUAAGAGGCUAUCAUAUCAUGGCGCACAGGCUGUUGAGGGACGCAGAGGCCGAUGGAUGGGAGCGGUCAGAUUUUCCCAUCAUCUGCGAAUCUUGCUUGGGGGACAACCCUUAUGUUCGCAUGACAAGAGCAUUAUAUGACAAGGAGUGCAAGAUCUGUCAGCGACCAUUCACAGUUUUUAGGUGGAGACCCGGUCGUGAUGCAAGAUAUAAGAAAACAGAGAUUUGUCAGACAUGCUGUAAGCUGAAAAAUGUAUGUCAAGUCUGUCUUUUAGAUCUUGAAUACGGGUUGCCAGUUCAGGUUCGAGACACUGCUUUAUCCAUAAAUUCAAAUGACACGAUCCCCAAGAGUGAUGUCAAUAGGGAAUACUUUGCGGAGGAGCACGAUCGCAGGGCUAGAGCUGGCUUGGAUUAUGAAUCCUCAUAUGGCAAAGUUCAAUCCAAUGACACUAUUUUGAAACUUCAACGAACAACGCCAUAUUACAAGAGGAACCGAGCUCAUGUGUGCAGUUUUUACAUUCGGGGUGAGUGUACCAGAGGUGCAGAGUGUCCAUACAGGCAUGAGAUGCCAGUAACUGGCGAAUUGUCCCAGCAAAACAUAAAGGACCGUUACUACGGAGUGAAUGAUCCUGUGGCGCUUAAACUACUGAACAAGGCAGGUGAAAUGCCCUCCUUAGAACCUCCGGAGGAUGAGAGCAUCAAAACCCUCUAUGUGGGCGGGCUCGAUGCUAGGGUCACUGAGCAAGACUUGAGGGACCACUUCUACGCCCAUGGUGAGAUCGAGUCGGUAAGAAUGGUCCUACAAAGGGCAUGUGCCUUUGUGACUUAUACAACCCGGGAAGGAGCAGAGAAGGCUGCCGAGGAGCUUUCUAACAAGUUGGUCAUAAAGGGUCUGAGGCUGAAACUCAUGUGGGGCCGCCCUCAGGCUCCUAAACCAGAAUCCGAAGGCUCGGAGGCCGCAGCAAGGCAGGUAGCACAUAGUGGGAUGCUCCCAAGAGCGGUGAUAUCGCAACAGCAGCAGCAGCAGCAGGGACAGAUGGGCAUGCAGUACUAUAAUGCCCCGAUCCCACCACCUCCUCAGCAGGAAAGAGCAUAUUAUCCCUCGAUGGAUCCCCAGAGGAUGGGUGCCCUCGUCCACACUCAAGAGGGGUCUUCUUCUGGUGGGCAGGGGGAGAGUAAACCCGGGUCCUCUUAUCCGACCAUGCCCCCACCUCCCCCUCCGCCUCAUGGGCAGUAUUAUCCCCAGUAUUAUCCUCCUCCAUAUGGAUAUAUGCCGCCUCCACCGGCCUACCAGCAGCAGUAUCAGCCACCACAUCAGUCUGCUGGUCCACCUCAGCAAUAUCAGCAUCCAAUGCCCGUUGGACCAUCGGCCUCCUCGAGUUCUGGGCCUGGUGGUGCUUCAGGGUCUGGGCAAGCACCAUCAACAUCUUCUGGAGCCGGCCCUGGUCCCGAGCCUUCUGCACCAGAAGGGUCCUCCCAGCAGUGAUUUGGCGCCCUUUAUCUUUAAAUGUCGAGUGGGAUUAGUACGACAUACUAGUCAGCCUGGAUUUAUGGAAGUGUGGAUGAGUAUCAGGCAGUAGUCUUAAGCCUUGUCUGCGUUUCGGGAUCUUGGAGUUCAGGCAAAGCUUUUGGCUGAGAUGUGAUAGUACUUUCGUUGUAUUUUCAGUUGUUCUUAUAUACUUCAAAUGCAUUAACAGUCCCGUGGACUUAGUAGAUUACGCCAAUCAUUCGCUAA